CUAAACAGUUCAAAUUCCGUUCGAUUUAUGUUUUACUGUGAGUGGCAUACAAAUUAAACGUUAAACGGAUACUCAAAUAUUGAGAGAAGAACAUGUCGCAUCCGCAACACAAGUUUCUCGACGAGAUUACCCAGCGUAUUCUGGCGCAGCUGAAAGAACGCGACAUUGACGAGGAUGUGAAGUUUAUGAAGUUUGUGGUGCAUCUGAUGGUGCGAGACAUGCGACGGGGAUUGCUUCAGACAGAUCUGAAUAAGCCGAGUGCGUGCAACAUUGCAGCAUUCAUCGACGACAUUGUGAGCGGGUACCUGGAUAAAACUGACACAACGAUGGCCAAUAUGCGCAUGUCCUGGAUCGUAAAGAUGGGCCACGGCAUACAGCUGAGUUAUGUGCGCGAACAGUACGAGCAGCAGUUCCAGCAACAGCUCAAGCUGCUCAUCGCUGACAUUCUGCAGUAUCCGGAGAGUUGCAGUAAGCUGCAACUAGAUCAGCUGUUUGCCAAAAUGCAGGUCUUCAUUGUGGCCACCAAUCAUUUAGGCUGUCCCCGGAAUCAUGUGCUGCUCAAGCUGACCGCCAUGGCGCUGAAUAGCGUCAUCGGGCGCAGUGAUCUGCAGAACUAUGUGCUCAAGAAGAAAUAUCAUCGACAGGAGUACCUGCAGCGACUGGCUGACACUGUGGCGGGCAUUGUCAUCUACAACAACGACGGACCCGAUGGCGAUCGCGAAAAUGUGCGCUAUGUGAUUGGUGAUCUGGAAAUGGCGCAGAGCAACACAAACGCCGGCUUUAAUGCGGCAUUGGAGCGACUGAAGAACUUGUGUGACAGAUGCCAAACGGCAGUUAGCGAUCAAUUGCAAUUCAAUUGCAAGGAGACACAGCUUCUGUAUCGCGUGCCGCUGGAGCAGCUGCACCGCAUCAAUCAGUUUACUGUCACAUUCUACAUGCUGCAGCGCUGCCUGACCGCGCUGAAGCGCAGCUAUGAGCACACGGCAUAUCUGGUUAGCGUGGAGACGGGUCGCUAUGAGUGCGUCGUGGCCAAGAUCAACGAUACGCUGAGCAUGCGCACCUCCAUCCAGUCGGAAUUGAUCUUUCCGCACUUUGUAUACCUUUCCAAGGUGUGGAGCAAUCUGAAUCACUACUUCAAUCACAUUGUUGAGUUGAAUAAGCUGCGCGAGCAGUUGGAACAGCAGGUCACAAAGGAGAUGGCGCAUCGUGCCAAGGAUACCAUAACGCAGAUACAAGAUUUGGCUAAGCGACGAAAGGAUUGGUUCGAGUGCAGCUUCUUUGAGCGCAUGGAUGCCCUCAAGAAAUACCAAACCGAUGGCAAUUUCUGCAGUCUGGCCAAAGCGGACAUCAAAGAAUUUUGCGGCCUGACGCUGGCCGUGACAAACGGACUGCUGCUGCCGGCAAAAGUGCAGCGUAAACUGUGCAUGAAUGUGGACAUUAAAUUUGGAUUUCAGGACGAGACAUAUGCGCGCAUUGGCGAGUUGUGGUUCGAGCGGUUCAUAACGGCCCUGAGGCAGGCCAUCUUCAACAGUGCCAAUCUGGCCUUACUUUUCAAACUGGAUGAUGCACUGAUUGAAAAGGAAUUACAGCCGGUGCCCGUGGAGCCGCCAAAGCAAACGACUUUCAAUGGACAGACCGAGAUGGUGGUUACCAACGAUCUCUCACCGUCCAAUUGGAUUAACGUGACGUGGAAUGCUUGGGACUAUCAUCGGGAGACCAUACACCUGGCCGAGAUACGCAAGCGUCAAACGCACGAUGCCCAGACCAAGGUUACCUAUGGCCAGCGGAAUGCCCAGAAUCAGACCUAUAACACAAGACAACACCUGUGAGUGUUGGUGCAACUUGCCUUUCUGGGGCUGCGUCAGGUCGUAGAUGGCCAGCACGCGAUUCACAAUGCAGA